AUGGCGGCCCAAGAUCAGGAGAUUAUCUUGUAUCACUACACCUUCUCCCCAUUUGCGAGAAGGAUAGUAUGGUAUCUCAACCUCCGCAAAAUCCCCUACACACAAUGCCUCCAACCCCCAACAAUGCCCCGACCCGACAUCACCGCCCUAGGCACAUCCUACCGGCGCAUCCCCCUCCUCUCCAUCGGCCGCUCCAUCUACAACGACACGCGACUCAUCCUCCUCAAACUCGAAGCCUUCUACCCUCCUUCCCCCGCGCACCCCUCCAUCUCCAGCUCCUCGGCGCUCGAAAAACUGCUCGAGACAUGGGCGAUUGACGGCGGACUCUUCGCUCGCGCGGGCCAGCUCAUCCCGUCGGACAUGUCGCUGUUGAACGACGAGAAGUUCUUGAAGGACAGACAGGACUAUACGGGACGUAGCUGGGGGAGGGAGGCGCAGGAGAAGGGGAGACCAGAGGCGCUUGUGGAGAUGAGGAGGGCGUUCGGGUUUUUGGAGGAGGUGGUUUUGGGGGAUGGGAGGGUGUGGGUUGAGGGGGUGGGAGAGGGGCCGGGGUUGGCUGAUAUUGAGGCGGUUUGGGUACCUCUCUGGCUCCGCGAUCUCAAAGGCGCGCUACCAGCUGGCUACAUCUGCGCAAACACCUUCCCUAAGACAUUCGCCUGGAUAGAGCGAUUCCACCAGCACACACGCGGCUUAGCGCAGAAAGCCGGGAAGCCGAAGACGAUCAAAGGUGCUGAGGCUUUACGGAUAUCGUCCGACGGCGAGUUUGCAGAGGCAGAAGGGGAGGUGGAUGGGAAUGAUCCGUUGGGGUUGAAGAAGGGUCAGGAGGUUGAGGUUUGGCCUGUUGAUUCCGGGUUUAGUUAUAAGGAUCGUGGACGGUUGGUUGGGCUUGAUGGGAACGAGGUGGUGGUUGAGAAGGUGAAUGGGGAGGGGAAGAGUGUGAGGGUUCAUGCUCCUAGACAUGGGUUUAGGGUGAGAGGUGUGAAGGAGGAUGCGAAGCUUUGA